AAUAACAUGCACAAAUAUGCUAUUAAAAACUUGGUGGGAGAAGGAUCUUUUGGAAAAGUCUAUAAAGCUAUCAGCAAGGAUAAUGACGCUACAGUAGCUCUGAAAAUAAUAAGCAAGCGCGGGAGAUCAUCUCGAGAAUUGAAGGGUCUUCGUGGAGAAUGUGAAAUUCAGCGGAAUCUACAGCAUCCAAAUAUUAUACGCAUGUUGGAUUCAUUCGAAACCGAAAAUGAAAUCAUUGCAGUUACGGAAUUUGCUGGUACUGAUCUUCACAGUUUGCUCAGACAUGGUUCAUUAGGUGAAUUGGAAACACAGAAAAUUACAUAUGACCUUGUGUCUGCUCUUUAUUACUUGCAUUCUCAUCGGAUACUGCACAGAGAUUUAAAACCUCAAAAUAUUUUGCUGGACAAUGCUAAGACAGCUAAAUUAUGUGAUUUCGGAUUUGCGCGGAAUAUGACUAUGGGAACACACGUUUUAACUUCCAUUAAAGGAACGCCUCUCUAUAUGGCACCAGAGCUGCUGGAAGCAAAACCUUAUGAUCAUCACGCAGAUCUAUGGUCGUUAGGUUGUAUAAUAUAUGAAAUGCUAGCCGGCGAACCUCCAUUUAGUUCCACAUCUAUGAUUCAUUUAGUUCGUUUGAUUCGGAAUCAAUAUAUCAAGUGGCCAAGCUUCCUAACUGUAAAUUGUAUUUCGUUCGUGCAAGGCUUAUUAGAAACGGACCCUGCUAAUCGAAUGUCGUGGGUUAAAAUUAUUAAUCAUCCAUUUGUUAAAGGUCAUAUUGUCAUUUUGAAGGAGGAUAUUCCUGAGUCUCCAUUUACAAACCCACUAACAAUUUCACAGACUGACGAGAAAAGAAAGCAAACCAAUCGCAUUAUUUUUGGAGAAAAGUAUGACUCUGCUGUUUUGCAAAAUCAACAUUGUUCUAAAGCAUUGAAGCAUCCAAACGAAGAAGACCUUGCUUCUUCUAAAGACAGUUUAAACGUGAUUUUGCAAAGUGACAUUGAAUAUGCUGAAACAGAUAUUGAGGAUUCUGCGACAGGCUUAAUGCAUCAUAUGCCUGCUUUACAAGAAAGCAAUAAAAUCAAAAGAUACACUGAAUCGAGAAGAUCAGAUUUGGAUUGCUGUUUAGUGGAAUAUCAUCACUGUCUUGGCGAAAACGUCGAGUAUUUGCAGGGAAAUCCAAACCUGGUCCUGAAUAAUUACAAUGACAAUUUUCCCCUGGUAAAUAAGACUGAUCAAAAACCUUUUUCCCCUAACGAGCUGGAAAAUCGACUAAAAAGUAUAAACCUUGAAGCUCAAUCAAUGUGGCUAAAAUCGCAUGUGCUAGAACGGAGAAAACUUAGUCAAAACAUCGACAAUUUUUCAUUGCGGUUAGAAUUAGAAAGGAAAUCGCAAAGCGUCGAAAAAAAAUCAAGCACUGACCUUCCAGAAAAUAAAGGAAAAAUCGAAAAGAUAACUCCAACGUUAUUGCCUGGUUGGGACUCUUGCGACGAAUCGCAAAACCCUCCAAUAGAGAACGAAGAAUGGUUAGUAUUCCUGCAAAAAUCUAUGCAGGAAAUUAUUGAUGGUGAGCUUGAUUCUCUCAAACAGCAAAAUUUCGUCAGUAUAAUUGUUGCACCACUGAGAAACUGUCGUGCAAGUGCAAAAGUAAUAGAAAAUGUCGCAUAUUUGCUUGGUUUGCCACUAGCAAUUGACGCUCCGCCGGCGAUAAUCCACGGUAUAUUGAGCGUCUAUUCGGAGCUUAAAUUGGUACCUAACCUUGUUUAUGCAUCCAAGCUGUUGUGCACUAAAGGUUUGAAUUCGUCAAAUAGCGAAAGUCAGUCGUCUAUUACACCUGUAAAUCAAGAUACUCGGUCGGAAAAUUCUUUAUGGCAAUUUACUUCUUUGGACAACGAAAAAGUGAAGACUUUAACUGCUCUAUAUGAAUUGAUAUGUUUCCUAGUUCACUCUGGUGAAAUAUUUUUGAAUCAGUUUUGCGAUGCCAUUGAAAUUUUGGGUGUCAAAAUACUUUUCGUGAGUUUCAUUAAUGCAGCCAGAAUCAACGAGAGCUACGUGCGAUUGAGUUGUUCAAUAUUAGCCGUACUGAAUUGUGCCUUGCGAGAGUUGCCAGAAAAUGCAGAUAUCAUAGAGCAGAUCGUUUUCCAUGAAAAAGUCAGUCUCCUUCAUUUGUUAAACCAUCGUGACUCGAUUUUACGGCACAGAACGUGUAUGUUAUUACGAAUUUUGGCGAGGUUCUCUUGUUUAGCGUUACAGAAGCAUUGGACUAAAGAGAUUAAAGAGUCUCUUGAAUUGCUUUUAGAAGAUCAUAAUCAACAAGUGAAAACGGAAGCAAAAUGUGCACUGGAUGAAUUUAAAUAUCUCUCAUUCAUUGCUGCUGAGACUGCCUAUUGAGGGUUAAUAAUACGCACAAAGCAAAGUCUUGUAGCUACAUUCCGUUUUCGGAACUUAGUUAGUGUACAAGAAAAUUGCGGAAUUAGUGCUACGAGUCUAUUGACUAAUAAUCUCGAGAUUGAAACAUACGAUGAUUGUAUUGUUAGACCAGCAUACUGCCUCGAUGUCAAC